AUGGGUGCAUGUAUCUGCAAAGAAUCUCAGUUAAAGACCCCUCGGAAGGCCCGCAUCCUUUCUCGUUCAGAAAUAUGCAAAGAUUCUAGACUUGAAAGUAAUUGCUAUUUAGGUGUUCGUGACAAAUAUGAAUUUCUGAAGGUUUUAGGCUAUGGGCAAUUUGGUACUGUGAGAGAAGCCAAAAAACUGGGUGAGGUUCACAGUGAUAAAACCUAUGCAAUUAAAUCGAUAUGCAAGGAUAAGGUCAAAAUGAAUCUUCUUACUAUGAAAAGGGAGCUUGAUAUUUUGAAACUUGUGGAUCAUCCAAAUAUUAUUAAACUAUAUGAAAUAUAUGAAGACGCAAGGUAUAUCCAUCUAGUUAUGGAAUUAUGCACAGGUGGAGACAUUUUUGACUAUAUCUUAAAUAAACAGAUAUUGACCGAAGAUGAAGUCGGCCGAAUCAUGAAAUGCAUGCUCUCAGCCGUCAAUCAUUUGCAUAGUUUGAAAAUCUGCCAUCGUGACUUAAAGCCAGAAAAUUUUCUAUUUGUUAGUAACUCUCAAGAUGCAGAAAUAAAAUUAGUAGAUUUUGGAAUGUCUAAUCGGUUUGGAGAAAACCGUGUUCUCCAUACUAUGGUUGGGACGCCUUAUUAUGUAGCUCCAGAAGUGCUGAAAGGUAAUUAUGGUAAAGAAUGUGACGUGUGGUCAUUAGGCGUUAUAAUGUAUUUUAUGCUUUCUGGGGCUCAUCCAUUUCGCUCGAAUGACGUCAAAGCUCUUUUCCAGAAAAUCGUGAAAUGUGAGUAUAAUUUUGAUGACGACAGAUGGAAACUUGUAUCUAAACAAGCCAAAAAUUUAAUCCAAAAAAUGCUUGUUUUAAACCCUCAACACAGAAUAUCUGUAAAAAACGCUAUAAAUCAUCAUUGGUUUAUAUAUCUGGGGCAGCACAACCAAUCCCAGCAUAUAAAAUUAGAAAUUUUCAACUCUAUAAAAAGGUUUAAAGCUCCUAGCAAGCUAUGACAGGAGAGUAUGAAAGUUCUUGUGAGGGAUUUAUCAGAGGAACAAAUAGCUGAUCUCCAAGCAGCUUUUCAAGACAUAGAUAGAAGCAAAACUGGGUUUAUUACUGCUGAUGACAUAGCAGACGCUAUGAGGAGAAAUGGGUACUUUUUUGCUAGUGAAGAAAUUGCUUCACUAAUUGAACAAAUCGAUUAUAUCGGAAACGGAAAACUAAACUACACCCAAUUUCUUAUAGCAGCAAUGGACCGAAAAAGGCUGCUUGACGAAGAAUCAAUGUGAAACACUUUCAAGUAUUUUGAUGUAAAUAGCAACGGGUAUAUACAGGUAGAAGAAUUAAAAUUUGCAUUAGAAAAAGCAGGCUGCUUUAUAUCAGACCUGGACAUGGUUGAUAUUUUAAAUGAAUUUCAAUUAAAAGCAGGAAAUGGGAUGGAUUUUGGAGAAUUUAAAGAAAUUAUGAUGUGUUUUUCAGAAGAAACUUCUGCGUUGCCUACUGAAGCAAAUGAAAUAGAAAGAAAACAAACAAGAAGGCUUUCCCAGAAACGAUUAACUGUAAGACGAGUUACCACCAAUUUUGCUAAAAAAGAAGACUAUUAUAAUUAG